GUUUCCGGUUCCGCGGGGCGGGCUGCGGGUGGGGGGGGGUGGCGGGGCUGCUGCCUGUGAGUGACACACAAUGAGGCGAGCGGCGGCGGCGGGGCCGUGAGGGGCCGCGACCGAGGAGGCGGCGGCGGCGGCGGCCGAGGCCGAAGCGGCGGCGGCGGGGAGGGGGGUGGGGGGAGGACGGAGAGCGGCUUCGCUCGCGGGGGGUAGCGAGGCGGGGGGAGAGCGCCCCCCCCGCCGACCGGCCGCCGCCACCACCGCCGCGGCGGGAGCGAGCGAGCGAGCGGGGCCCGCGCCGCUGCGCCCAGCCAUGGACAAUCAGUGCACGGUUCAAGUAAAAUUGGAGCUGGGGCACCGAGCCCAACUGCGGAAAAAGCCCACAACCGAAGGGUUUACUCAUGACUGGAUGGUGUUUGUCCGUGGCCCGGAGCAAUGCGACAUCCAGCAUUUUGUGGAAAGGGUGGUCUUUCGGCUACAUGAGAGCUUCCCCAAACCCAAGCGUGUGUGCAAGGAGCCCCCAUACAAAGUGGAGGAGUCUGGCUACGCAGGCUUCAUUAUGCCCAUUGAAGUGUACUUCAAAAAUAAGGAGGAACCGAAAAAGGUUUGUUUCACAUAUGACCUGUUCUUAAACUUGGAGGGAAAUCCGCCUGUGAACCACCUUCGUUGUGAGAAACUGACUUUCAACAACCCCACCAAGGAAUUCAGACGCAAGCUUAUUAAGGCUGGAGGGGUGAUGGUAAUGCCAGAAGGAGCAGAAACUGUUUCAAGGCCAAGUCCUGAUUAUCCUAUGUUACCCACAAUACCACUCUCCGCCUUCUCUGAUCCCAAGAAAACCAAACCAUCCCAUGGGUCAAAGGAUGCAAACAAGGAAAGCAGUAAGGCAUCCAAGCCACACAAAGUAACCAAGGAGCACAGAGAGAGACCAAGGAAAGAUUCUGAGAGCAAAAACUCCUCCAAAGACCUUGAAAGAGAACAAAACAAGCCUUUGAAAGACUCCUCCAGAAAACCAACUGAGAACAAACUGCCUAAGGAGGAGAAGGCACCUCCAAAAGCUGCUUUCAAGGAACCAAAACUGGCCGUGAAGGAGACCAAACUGGAGAACACUUCUCCGAAGGGCGGGCCACAGCCGGAGUUAAAGUCUUCCAGCAAGAGGCCCUCCAAUGUGGAGUCACCAAAGCCUAGUGCCAAAAAACAAAAAAAGAGCAGCUCCAAAGGGGUAAAGAAUAUCCUCGGGACAUCUCCCAGAACCUCGUCUUCCUCGUACCCAGAGAAGAAACAAACCAAGGAGAAGAUGAAUGCCAAAGUGGAAAAGGUAAAAUCUGAAAGUGAGGCCAAGGAGAUCAAAAAGCCUGUGGAAAUGGAGGAGUCAAAUUCAGAGGAUGAAACUUCUUUCAAGUCAGAGUCUGUCCAGUCCAGCCCUUCCAACUCCAGCUCCAGCUCCGACUCCAGCUCUGACUCUGAUUUCGAGCCAUCUCAGAACCACAGUCAAGGCCCACUGCGCUCCAUGGUGGAGGAUCUGCAGUCGGAGGAGUCCGAUGACGACGACAGCUCAUCCGGAGAAGAGGCGGCAGUCAAAGCAAACCCCGUCAGCCGGGAUUCCAGACUGAGCCUUAGUGACAGCGACAGCGAUAACAGCGCAGACUCCUGCCUGCCAAGUCGAGAGCCUCCUCCCGGUCAGAAACUGCCCCCAGCAAAUAAUAAGGCAUCUGGAAGAAAAAGCCCAGAGUCUUGUAACAAGCCAGAGAAGAUCCUGAAGAAGGGAACUUACGACAAGGCCUACACGGAUGAAUUAGUAGAGCUUCACAGGCGACUAAUGGCACUACGAGAGCGCAAUGUGCUACAGCAGAUUGUAAAUCUCAUUGAGGAAACUGGGCAUUUUAAUGUUACCAACACAACCUUUGACUUUGACCUCUUCUCCUUGGAUGAGACAACCGUCCGUAAGCUGCAGAGCUACUUGGAAGCGGUAGCGACAUGACGCUUGGCCUUAGAAGCAGGCUGCUUUUGAAACCAGAAAUCCCGUUUAUUGGUACCAGGAAAUAAACCCAUGGAACUAGGCCUUCUUAUUCUCUUGAUUCACCCGAAGCACUGCCUUAGAGAACAGCCAUGCUCUAUGAAUGCACAGCCAGCUGCACUUUCUUGUAGGCUUCAAACAAGCACCCAUAUUGCUGAGUCUGUCCUCCCUAGCUUCAUAAGUACGCUUGGGCACAGGUCCUGAGUAGAGCAAAAGAUGUGCUGCUCCUAGCUGCACAGUGUGACCUUUUUUGGUUUUACUUCGAGAAACUGUGUUGUAAGAACACAUUUUUUCAGGCGUCUCUGAGAUCUGGAGAAACGGGGACGGUGUUUUCUUCACUGAAUCUGGGGACCAGCCUGCCUGCAGAGAGCUCUAGUGAGUCACAUUUCCUCCAGCUCUGUGAAGAACUGUUCAUGCUGUGUAAGCAAGAUUGGCUUUUACAAAGCUAGCCGAGUGACUAAUAACAGAGAAGGCUUCCCGGGGGUCCCGCUGGUCUGUUGCAGAAGCGGACAGAUUCCAGUUUUGAUCACUUGCAAGUUCUGCCGCGGUUUGGUACAGAGUACUGCUGUAAUUUGGCUCCUGAUUCCUGUGAGGCAUCGCUCCACACGCAGAACGCAGGACCUUAUUCUGUGUUUCGGCUUCCUGGAGAGACAGUUUGUGCUCUUUGAAGAGGUCUCUACAAUCUGCUGUCUCCCGUUGGGCGUUUGAGACAUCUUGUUUGUUGAUCUAAGCUCCUAAACAAAGUCUCACUCCUUUCAGUCUGCUUUAACUGUAAUAGGACUACAAAACUGUAAGCUGUAUAUUUUAUAUAUAUAUUAUAUAUAUGUAUGUACUGUAUGUAUAAGAAGGGCCUAGUUGGGUCUUAUGAUUUUAAGGGUGUGUUUUUUCUGUUAUGUUUUUUAAUGGCUAUGGCAGGGGAAGGGCGCUUAAUAAGAUUUGACUUGUUUGUUAAAAUGCCUCUUGUGGACAAUUUUUAGUGUAUGAAAGCUGAACAGCAAUCUUCAAAGCAUUUUGUGCUCUGGAAGGGACUCACCUGUCGUCUUUUCAUUUGUCAGUGUUUAAUAACUUUGCCAAAAUACGUGAUUGGUUUUUGUUCUAUGUUCUCAAGGAUGAAUCUUUCCUACAUUGGCCCCUAUAGUAGUGGCUGUACUUUGGGAAAACCAAAACAAGGGAGAAUUUUUAUCUCGGGACACACCUGGAAAACUGAUACAAAAACAAGUGAAAUCAGGUUUGUUUCCUCCUCCCUCUUCCCUCCCCCCUGCCCGUUCAAGAAAUGGCAGGAAACAGUGAACACUAAUCCAGAAUCUUUUAUAUAUUUCUAGUUAAACUAGUAUUGACUUUUGAGUAUUGUCUGUAUGUUAGGUGGGUGUGGGGAAAGUCUUGUAACUUUUAUCAAAAUUGUAUUAAACUCCCGUUCCCUAAAUUCAGUAUUUUCUUAAAGAAUUGCUCAGUUUUUCCAAUCAGUAUGUAAGCUUUUGCCAAAUGUUAAGCGGGCUGCUGGCGGUGAGGAGGAAGGCAGCAGUUCAGAGGAGCCCUCCACUAACGAACGGACCACCCAUGUCUGUAAAAGUCCCCUGUGGGAGCUGGGUGAGUUGCAUCAUUCCAGGGUUUGCUGUCCCUAUCCAUUGUGAAAUUGCGGUCCCUUGUUUUGGGUUACCCCUUUCUUUAUCAUGGAAGUGUUGCAACUGAUCAAUUUAAGUGGCAAUAUGAUGAUAAGCUUGUUUGAGUUGGGUCAUGUUGACCCGAUUCCCAUUAAUUUUGUCUCUUUGUACCAUCUUUCAUGUGUCUUGUAUAUAAAAAUCAAGCUCAUGCCAGGUGCGUACCCUGUCACAACAGUGAUCUUAGCUGUUUUCUCUCCUGAUGGACAAUGCCAAGCCUGGAUAGAGACCCUGUGCGCAAGCGUACAAUGAGAAGGUGGAGGACUGCUGGAGGAGGAGGAGCUACGGUUCUGCCUUGAGGCCUGCAGCUGGAUGUCCCUCGGUGGAGGAUGUCACAGGCAGUACGCAAGUUGCCACAGAUUUCGCCCUUGUGCUGCGUCAGGCUUCGUGGGUACGUGUGAGCUAUUACUAGUGUCGUUCAGUCGGUCGCAGAGAGGAAGCGAGCCUCGUAACGUCGCUGGCGUCCCGAGCCUCGAUUCGCUCGGCGUGUGGAGCAGCCCAGGGUGCAGUGCCCCGUGCCAGCUGCCCCCGUGAAGGGGUGGGUGUGGUGACGCUGUCUUGUCCCUGAAGCGAUAGGAGCAACGGUGUUAGCUGCUCCGAGUCCGAGAUCUCCCAAGGUUUUUGCCUCCUCUCUCCUCCCAGGUAACUUACCCCCAGAACCAUUGCAUCCGUGUCACCCGCACUGACAGCGUUUCUUCCGGGACUGUAAGUAGCUUCCAGAGUUACGGCACAAGGGAUUAGAGGUGCACCUCCCUUCUCCCCCUUCUCAUUUUAAGAUCUAAAUCAGCAUGUUGCUCCCAGCCAGUCCAAGAACAAGUGUUGGAGGGUGUUCCUGAACUUAGCUGGAAGCGCCUGGGGCUCUCACCCAAGGCUGUGGCACCAUCCUGUCCUGGAACCAACUUUAUUUGUGAAGUCUGAUGAGCAUUGGUGGGAAUUUUGUUUGGUUUUUAUAAGAAGUAUUUUACAUAUGGAUUUUUUUAGACUGUUUAUAAUCUCCUUGAAAACCUGAAAUAAUAGAAUUGUUCCCCCAGCAAUAGUUCUUCUCCAUUGUGUGCACAUGCCGAUUUGUUACUAAAAGGUUUCUUGCAAGUACUUAGUUGUUCUACAGAGUUGUUGGUUUUUGGGGUAUGUGGUAGCAUUGGGGACCACAUGAGGAAUGACUCUGCAAACAAAGAACGGUCAAAUUUGGGCCUCAUCUUGUGUCCCCUUCUAGUUACAUAUGAAAGAGUUCCCUGUGUAGAUUCUCUAUAGGCUGGCUGAAUGCUGUUCUGAACAUGCCAUGUACAGGUAUUUGUGGAUAAAGUGUUUGUUCUUGUGUCACUCUUGAGAGCAUGGAUGGAUUAUUGUAAAAUAGGAAGGAGGUGGCAGUGCUGCUGUUAGCAUUGCUUCAGGUCUUCGAGGAUAUGUAGUAACUUGCAUUGUUUAAAAAAAAAAAAGGAAAAAAAAAAUCCAAAAUUGACUUCUAGCCAUAAUGGUUUUUCCAAGGAAAAUGGACAGAACUCUGUUACUUUUCAGUGUCCUUCAUCUUGUUACUGAAGGCAUGAACAAGUGAUGAUCAAUCUGAAGGCUUUCAGAGUUGCUUUGAAUUGAAUCAUGUGGAGGUAAGAUUAGGACACAGCUUUUCCUUUGUCCUUGGCCUUUGUAUUAAAGGGCAAAAGAGGGGUCAGGAGUACUUUCCUGUUGUCUUGGUCUGAUAUGUAUUAAGCCUUGAGGCUUUGAUUACUGACAUUUACUAUUAAAAAGGAUAGGAAGGCUGGCUGGAUCCCAAAAACGCCCGUCUGAAGAAUAUUGGACACAUUGGUAAUGAGACUGGCUCUGUUGGGGUCAGACCGAAUAUAUGGAAGUGCAAUGAUUUAGCCACCGGUUCUUAUACUGUCGUUGCGUGCGGUGGCAGCAUCAGAACUAGCAAAGAAAUUGGUGCAACAAUCCAGGAACAGUUUUUAUCAGAUCUGGAACGUAUUUGAUGGUAAGACAUUCAGAUUCCCUUGUGGAGCUUGCCCCAUCGUGUUCUCUGCAAGCAGAGACCUAAGUCACUAUGGUUCAGCAAAUUUCACCCGUAAUGUUCUCUAAUGCACUAUAGCACAGUCGGUGUACUCAAAAGAAGCUUCUUUUAUGAAUUCAGGUGCCUGGCACUCACUCGUUGGCAUGCUUCUGUCAAUGCUAUAGACAACCAUUGUGCACCUUGUACAAGUAUUACUUUUAAAAAGAUGGAAAAAAAAAAUCAAUUGGUAUUUUCAUGGGGGCAUGAAAUAGCCAUCAAAAACUAAAGAGAUGAGUUUGCACUCCUAAAGAAAAAAUGUAAGUACUUCAACGUCUAGAUAAUUUUUAAUUGUAUUUCUGCCUAGAGCCAAGGUAUUAAAUACCUUGUCACUUGAGGAUUUUAAAAGUUGUGUUGGGAAAUGAGUUCUUCACUCAGCUGUAAGAAAUUCAGCUGGCCCAAGACUAACUUCAAGAUUAAAAAAAAAAGAAAAUCAUGUUUGUAAUACAUUACAGGAUUGUUUGUCCUGAAUUUUAAACUUUUUGUUAAAUUUGUGGAACUAUGGAGGACUUUUCUAGAAAAAGUGAAAUAAAGUAAGAUGGAAAAGCAA